AUGGCCUUGAAAGAUUUAAUUUCUCGCAAUGAGGGUGAAAGCUCUCGAUCGCGCGACGAUGCGCGAAAAAACGCAAGGCCGCCGCCGGAGAAUCCUCUUGCACCAAAAACCAGGACUAGCAACGAAUCCACGGAAUCUGGAUCCAAGCCGGCAAGCUUCACACCUAUGCAACUUGGCCCAUCCAGCGCUCAUUCAUCUCACUCAUCUGGUAGCAUCAAUUGUAGCAAUAGCACCGUAAGCUCAGAUGCCGUUCGAGAUGUCAAGGCCGAGAUACUGGCGAACUGGCUCCAUACCAAACAGGAAGAGCGAGUAUGGACGUUUGGCGACGCUGGCGAAGGCGUGUUUAUGAAAAAAUCGAAAGGCAGCUACUCCUGUGCGCCUUUUGCGCUGCAAAGCGAUGGCACAGGUCUUUAUGAGGCAGUCACAGAAUUGAAUGUCAGGUGUGCCAUGACUGUCAACACCAGGGUGAUCAAAUACAUCCUUGAGCGGACCCAGGCCCAAUAUGUUCAAAUCCAGACCGGUCUCCGGUUGCAGGUCGUGCCAGACUUUGAAGCUUUGCCGUACUGUCAAAGGGGUCAGUCGGCUGCAUUUGUUGCUUCACGAGGCAUAUUGAUAGUGUGGCAAGACGACCCCAAGUUGACGCUCGAACGUGCAGAAUUCAUCAUCAACUGCUUGAUGAGGAUGAUGUGCGGCGCUGAGUAUGGCUAUGAUGCGCAGGACUUGGAGCUGGAAAAGGCACUAGGCAAGAACCCCAUGGUUAUAAUCGAGGAAUACGACGACGGAUUCUAUUCGGGUGACGGUCAAGAAGAUGAACCAAGAGACAUGAAAAUGUGGCAAGCAGCCUAUUGCGGACUGUCAAUCCUUCUACUGACGGCUGCUAUCGGCUCUGGAUGCAGGCAGAUUGCUAUUGAAGAGUUCCAAGCUCCCAAACACUGGCUUCGACUACUCUUCCUGAUCUGUAUACCUGCCCAGGUUUGGCUCUCACUAUUCUUUUUCCAAGCUCUCGUCGGCAAUCUUGCCCAGAUUUGUGGGCCCACUCACCAGAUGAAAUCGAACAGCCGAUAUUAUUCAGGCAAAGCGCCCAGGAAAAUCAACCGUGAUACAUUUGGCAAGCCGCUCCCACACGUUACAGUGCAAAUGCCUGUAUACAAGGAGGGUCUACACACUGUCAUCGAGCCCACAGUGAGAUCGCUGAAGCAAGCAAUUUCCACGUAUGAGUUGCAGGGAGGAAGUGCUAACAUCUUCGUGAAUGAUGACGGAAUGCAACUUCUCGGAGCCGAAGAGGCGCAAGAACGACAGGAAUUCUACGACGAGCACGGUAUUGGCUGGGUCGCCCGCCCAAGGCACGAUCCUAAAGGUGAGCACGGAGCGAAACCCUUCGUCCGACCUGGAAAGUUCAAGAAGGCAUCCAACAUGAACUAUGCCCUCCGAAUCAGCUGCAGAGUCGAAGACCUUAUGGCACAACAGCCACGUGGAGAAGGCUGGAGUCAGCUUGAAGAAAAUGCUCUUUACAAGGAGGUCAUGGAAGCAGUUAUGACUGAACAUGAAGGCGAGGCCUGGGCCGAUGGCAACAUUCGUAUUGGUGACUACAUCCUUUUGGUAGACUCCGACACCCGUGUACCCAGUGACUGCCUGCUCGAAGCCGUCAGCGAGAUGGAGCAGGGCCAGGAAGUUGCCAUCCUGCAAUACUCCUCCGGAGUCAUGAACGUCACCAACAACUUUUUCGAGAACGGCAUCACCUUCUUCACUAACAUGAUCUACACUAUGAUCAAAUUUGCCGUCGCUGGCGGAGAUGUUGCGCCAUUUGUUGGACACAACGCUGUUCUGAGAUGGGAAGCGGUGCAGAAGAUCGCCUACGAAGUCACGGAAGCCAACGGUAACAAGUACGACAAGUUCUGGUCCGAGGAGACGGUGUCUGAAGAUUUUGACAUGAGUCUGCGACUUCAGAGUGUGGGUUAUAUCAUUCGUCUAGCCUCAUACAAAGGCGAUGGCUUUAAGGAGGGUGUUUCCCUCACUGUGUAUGAUGAGCUUGCUCGAUGGGAGAAAUACGCGUACGGCUGCAACGAACUCAUUUUCAACCCUUUGGUCUACUGGCUCACCAAAGGUCCUUUUACGAAGCUCUUCCGCACUUUUAUCUUCUCCAACAUGCCUCUUGCAUCCAAGAUUACCAUCAUGGCUUAUAUCGGUACUUACUAUGCUCUCGGCUGCUCAUGGGCACUUACUAUGCUCAACUACUUUUUGAUCGGUUUCUUCAACGGAUGGCUUGAUCAUUACUACAUCAACUCCUUCCGCGUAUACUUCGCCAUUGUGAUCGUCUUCAGUGUCCUCGGCAACAUCGCCCUCGCCGUCCUUCGUCAUCGCAUCGAAGAAGAAAACAUUUUCCGUGGCCUCUGGACAAACAUGAAGUGGAUCCCUCUCCUCACCAUCUUUCUCGGCGGCAUCUCCCUGCAUGUUUCACAGGCUCUCCUCGCUCACUUCUUCAGCUGGCCGCUCGAAUGGGGUUCCACGUCCAAGGAGAGUGAACGCGUUAGUUUCUUUGUUGCCAUCAGCAGAGUACUGAGGAAGUUCAAGUGGAGCUUCAUGUUCUGUCUUGGAAUGACCGCUACUAUGAUCACUAUGGCGUUCGCGCUGCAAGAGGACUGGAGGAUCAAAGAACUUAUCGCUGUUUGGCCUAUGGGUACUGUGGUUGUUUUCCACUUUUUACUGCCUAUUGUGCUUAACCCGCAGUUGAUGACAUUUACCUGGUAA